UCCGGGGAAAGAAAUCUACCUCUCUCUUAUUUUAGCAGAUUGUUGUGAUUUUAGGUGCGGGGUUGAGGUUUGGUAAACAUGAGAUGCUUCAACGAGUUGUUCUUUGCUUAAUUCCUAGUGAGAAUGGGUCGUGACAAAUUCCCAAGCAAAAGGGAGAUUGAGGGAGCAACUUUCCUUCAUGGCGAACUUGAUUUCUGGAUUAUAGAAGCUAAAUCUCUUCCAAAUAUGGAUUUAAAUUCAGACAGAAUGAGGAGAUUGUUUUCAAUGUGUAGCUCUGGAAACAAAAAGAAGGCCUCUAUCAAGCCCUUUGGCAAGACCUCUAGCAAGCAUACUAUGAAUACUAGUGACCCUUAUGUAUCUGUUUGCCUUUUGGGGGCUACAGUUGCGCAAUCUAGAAUAAUUUCUAAUUGCGAGAACCCCGUGUGGGAUGAACAUUUUGUUGUGCCAGUUGCACACCCUGUAGGAAAAAUUGAGUUUCAUGUCAAGGACAAUGAUGUUCUAGGUGCUGAACUUAUAGGAGUAGUUGAGAUAGCAGUUGAAAAGGUCGUUACCGGAGAUGAAAUUAGUGGUUGGUUUGCUAUUGUUGGUAAUUCUAAGAGUGAUCGAAAUCCUGAACUGCAUGUUUCUCUUCAGUAUAAACCAGUGAGUGUAAACCCUAUAUAUCAACAAGGUGUAGGGAGGGGACCAGAUUACACGGGGGUUCCAUAUACAUAUUUCCCUCUCCGUAAAGGGGGGAAUAUAACCCUUUAUCAGGAUGCUCAUGUACCUGAGUCCAUGCUACCUGAAAUUCCACUUGAUAAUGGAAAAAGUUUUAAGCAAGGCAGUUGUUGGGAAGACAUAUGCCAUGCCAUUCUGGAUGCACGUCAUCUCAUAUAUGUAGUUGGUUGGUCUGUCUUCCAUCCUAUAAAACUUGUGAGGGAAUCAACAAAGCCUUUACCGGAGGAAGGCCAGCUUUCUUUGGGAGAGUUGUUGAAAUACAAGUCGCAAGAAGGGGUCCGUGUGAUUUUGCUGAUCUGGGAUGAUAAAACUUCACAUGACAAGCUUCUGUUGAAAACGGAAGGUGUUAUGCAGACUCAUGAUGAAGAGACUAGAAAGUUUUUCAAACGCACAAAUGUUCAUUGUGUUCUCUCUCCGCGCUAUGCAAGCAGCAAACUUAGUUUUUUCAAGCAACAGGUCGUGGGAACCCUUUUCACACAUCAUCAGAAGUGCGUGAUUCUUGACUCCCAAGGCUCAGGAGAAACUCGGAAAAUAACUGCUUUUGUUGGUGGUCUAGAUUUAUGCGAUGGUAGAUAUGACACACCUGAACACCGGCUCUUUCAAGAUCUUGACACUAUCUUUAAGGGUGAUUUCCAUAAUCCUACAUUUCCUACUAACGCAUAUGGCCCAAGGCAACCAUGGCAUGAUCAACACUGCAAAGUGGAGGGCCCUGCUGCAUAUGACAUAUUGACUAAUUUUGAGCAAAGAUGGAGAAAGGUUUCAAAAUGGCGUGACUUCAAGGUAAGAAAGGUCAGUCCUUGGCAGGAUGACGCCUUGAUAAAGCUAGACCGUAUUCCAUCAAUAGCAUGUCCCUCUCUUGGUUCUGAUGGAGACUCAGUUGUGCAUGUUAGAGAAGAAAAAGACCCAGAGAAUUGGCAUGUGCAGGUUUUCCGGUCCAUUGAUUCUGGAUCUGUAAAAGGAUUUCCUAAGGAUGUUAAGCAAGCUGCAGCUCAGAACCUUAUCUGUGGAAAGAACUUGAAGGUAGACAUGAGCGUCCACACAGCUUAUAUAAAAGCAAUAAGAUCGGCACAACACUUUAUAUAUAUAGAGAAUCAGUAUUUCAUUGGAUCUUCAUAUUAUUGGCCAUCCUACAAAAAUGCAGGUGCUGAUAACUUAGUCCCUAUGGAGCUGGCCCUGAAAAUUGCUGGAAAAAUCCGUGCAAAUGAGCGCUUUGCGGUGUAUAUAGUAAUACCUAUGUGGCCAGAGGGUGCGCCAACUAGCAAUGCUGUGCAGGAAAUAUUAUAUUUUCAGGGACAAACCGUGACCAUGAUGUACUCGAUCAUUGCAAAAGAACUACUAAAAGCAGGCCUUUCUGAUCAAUAUCAUCCACAAGAUUAUUUGAACUUCUAUUGCCUCGGUAAACGUGAGCCUCCAACUUCAGAAAGUUCAACUAAACUAAAUCACCAUAAGGAUAACCGUGAACUGGUAUUAGCUUUUCUUAUUUUUAUUUUUAUUUUUAUGUGUCCUGUGGCAUUAUAUUGGAUUAACUCUAGCAAUCUGCUCUUAUUUUGGCAGGCAUUGGUGCAAAAGUUCCGCAGAUUCAUGGUAUAUGUUCAUGCAAAAGGGAUGAUAGUGGAUGAUGAAUAUAUUAUAAUGGGAUCUGCUAACAUUAACCAGAGAUCCUUAGAAGGUUCAAGGGACACCGAGAUAGCUAUGGGUGCUUACCAGCCACAUUAUACAUGGGCAGUAAAGAAAUCCCACCCACAUGGCCAGGUUUAUGGUUACCGGAUGUCUCUGUGGGCCGAGCAAAUGGGAAAACUCGAUGAUAAUUUCCAGGAUCCAAAAAGCCUGGACUGUGUAAAACUUGUUAAUGAGAUUGCCAAAAGUAACUGGAAAGCCUAUGUGGAGGAUGAAUACUGCGAAUUGACGGGACACUUGAUGCAGUAUCCAUAUGAAAUUGGAAGAGACGGGACGGUUAAUCCAAUCCCGGGCCAUGAAACGUUUCCUGAUGUUGGUGGUAAAGUUCUUGGAGCCUCAACCAACCUUCCUGAUGUUCUAACAACUUAAAGAACAGACAUGGCGAUGCCAUUGUAAACCACAAAUUGCAGGAUGUAUCAUUAAACAAGAGUUAAGAUAUGAUAGAAAGUUAGACAUUAUUUCAUGAGAAAAAUAAUAUUUUAAUGAUUGUUAAGACCUCAGAAGCUGUGCUGAGUGUAUUUAAAAAAAAAAAAAACUUAUUUUUGAUGUAUAUCCCUUUCUUGCAAACAAGUUGUACAGAUAGAAAUCCUGCUCUCCUCGCUUCACAUUAAA